GUCGCCACACGCGCUCAGUUUCCCGUGCUAAGAAGAACGUGCCCAGCAACAAGUUGCUUUUUGUGCGAAGUUAACCCACAAAGUUCGCGAGGCAGGAGGUCCAGAACUAAUUGACUGAAACCAAUUCGAAAGAUUUGGUCCGUCCAUCAUCAUUGAAGCUUCGCAGGCAGCCUAGUUAGCUUAGCUUAGCUUAGCUUGCGAACAAACAACAACGUGGUUCGACGCUUGAACAUCAAGUUGGAGCCUCCUUAAGUGUGCAAAAUGCGUGCAAGAAGGACGCCAGCCGCAAAGUUCGAGGCGGAACCUUGUGGCGCAAGAGCUCAGCGACGACAUCAACUCUCGACUGCUUGCAAAAUGCAAGUAAAAGUUGUUCUUCGCAGACUAGCAGGUUUCAGCAAAUAUCUUGGUCCUGACGCUCAACUGCUAAAGAGUGAAGUACAACUUCCAAUAAAAAAGGAGGAGGUAGAGCUGCCAUACGUUAAAGAGGAGGACGAUAUCACCAUGUCGACUGCUGUCAGACAGCGGCGAAAACAUCAAUAUGAUGCCAACACGAUUGCAGACAUCAUCAGCAAAGAAACUACGAAGCUCGUCGCCGCGGUCGCGCAGCAAGAAGGACGAGCUCUGACGCACUGAACGGGAGGAAACAUCGGUUUGGCCAUUAAAUAUGGAUCUGUCGACUGGAUCGACCGAAGCUUUUCCAAAUAACGGCUUUUAUGCAACUCAUCUAAUGAGUUUCCAGCGUCUGAAAGCACCGGGGCUUCCAUAAUUUGCAAGUGAAUCCACCUUUACUACUACCAUUGACAAUACGACACGCAAUGAUGGACAAUAUGGCGGCACAAUACAGCGAUCACGUGAUUGUGUGACGUUGGUUAUUGGGGUCUAUAGCCUGAUACAUGAACUGGCCUCUUUGAAAAUGAACCAACUCUGUGACUUUUAAUGUUCAGGAUUUUAAAACUAAUAUAUUAGUAUGAUCCCUAUCACCAGCAUUAUGUACUAUUCUUAUGGCUCAUUUUUGCUAAAUGGAUAGUGAUUUUAUUGUACUGUACAUUUAUAAGUGUUACUCCAGACCUCUGCACAGUAGUGUAAAUAUGGCAGCAUUAGAGAACAGUAAAGAAUGUGGAGUGAUUUAUUGUCAAGACUGUGUUUGGCAUUAUUCAGGACAUAUAUAAUACAUUUAUAUGCGUCUUGAUACUUUACUUCGUAUGUUUUAUAUGAGCUUUCCAGUUAAUCUUCUCAUCAAUAACUACCCAAAGAAACUUGUUUUCAUGGACCCCUUUCAGUAUUCACCCCAUCUAUAUGUAUCUGUACUUGAUUCUAUUUAUUGUGUCUGCUCAAUAACAUGAAUGUGGUUUUACCUAAGUAAUGAAAAAUUCUAUCAAACCAUGCUUUUAGCUUACAAAUUUCAUCAGAAACUCUCCCUAGGAGCUCAUGCACCCCCAAGAGAGCAAAAGAUACUUGUGGCAUCUGCAAAUAAAACUAAUUUUAUUAUUCUUGAAACUUUGCGAAUAUCAUUUGUAUAAAGAAUAAACAGUUUUCGACCUAAUACUGAACCCUGGGGGACGCCACAAGCAGUGUCCAAGUAUGAUGAUGAAUAGUUUCUCUCUUCUACCAGUGUAGUGCCACCCCCCUGAUCCCAUACUCUUCAAGUUUAUUGAUCAAAAUGUCAUGAUUAAUAGGUUCAAAUGGUUUCUUAAGAUCUAAGAACAGUGUAACAACAGUGUAAUUUGAGCGUUACUGAUCUCCUCAACCGAACUGAACUGUUUGUCCUAAAUCCAUCUUGACUGUCGGAAAGUCAUAUUUACUUAUGAAUUUAUCUGAUCUGUUGUUGAAUAAUUUUCAAGAAUUUUGGAAAAUUGUGGAAGUGGAGAAACAGGCCUGUAAUUUGUGAAGUGGUGUAUAUCUCCAGUCUUGUAUAAUGGCACUACUUGAGCUAUUUUCUUUAUGUUUGGAAAUUUACCUGUUGAAAAUGAUAAGUUACAGAUGUAUGUUAGUGGGUUUGAAAUCCCCUCAGUGACCUUUUUCACAACUGUCAUGUCAAUGACAUUUGAGUCAGUGGAUGUUUUGCAUUUACAUGUAUUUUCAGUAUCAAUUAUUUCUUCUUCCACCCCUGCUGUAAUCAACAUUGGGCUGGGAUUCCUUUCAAUGAGGUUUUCAUUCCACUCCUCAGAUAAACUUGCACCUGGAUUUUUUUUUUUUGCCAGAUUUGGUCCAACAUUUACAAAGAAAUCACUGAAGCUGCUGACGAUGUCAUCUAUAUUAUCCUUCUUCACAUCAUUUUCCACAAAGUAUAGAGGAUAGCUCUGCUGCUUUGCCCCAUUUUUAAUAAUUCCAUUAAAUAUAUCCCAUCUUCCUUUAAUAUUUUUUUUGUUGUGAUACAAUAUUUUACGAUUGUAUUCUUUCCUACGUAACCUGAUGAUAUUAGUUUUGUAUGUAUUUUUUUCUGCCUUUGCAGUUCUUUGUUUUAUGAAUUCUCUAUAAAGUGUAUUUUCAAGUUCAAGCAAU